GAGAGAGAGCGCUACAGUUUGCUGGCCUGGACUGUAGGGGAUGAGAAUGUUUUAAAUAGCAUGGAAUAUGUUCACACAGUCACACAGCUCUGCAUCACUUGAGAAAGGCAGCGUUCCUCCCGGCAGACAAGGUUAAUGCACUACUGAUCACAGCCAGGUCUCCAGUCACACUGAGUUACGGCCAUGCCUCUUGGGAAAAAUGGAAAAAAGAAAAUUGAAGACAUUAAUUUGGUGUACAACAUCAAGGAGAAGCUGGGAGCGGGGGCAUUCUCCGAGGUUGUUUUGGCUCAAGAAAAGGACACCGAGCGAUUGGUGGCCUUGAAAUGUAUCCCAAAGAAGGCUCUCCGUGGGAAAGAAGCUGUGGUGGAAAAUGAGAUUGCAGUUCUCAAAAAGAUUAAGCAUCAAAAUAUUGUGGCCCUCCAGGACAUCCAUGAGAGCCCCAGUCACCUGUACUUGGCCAUGGAACUUGUCACCGGCGGUGAGCUCUUCGAUCGUAUCAUUGAGCGGGGAUAUUACACAGAGAAGGACGCCAGUCAGCUAAUCCGACAAGUCCUGGAUGCCGUCCAAUACUUACACAAUAUGGGAAUUGUGCAUCGUGACUUGAAGCCAGAAAAUCUUCUCUAUGCAACUCCUUUCGAGGACUCAAAGAUCAUGAUCAGUGACUUUGGCCUCUCUAAGAUUGAAGAUGGUGGAAUGAUGGCCACGGCAUGUGGGACGCCAGGUUAUGUUGCCCCUGAACUCCUGGAGCAGAAGCCAUAUGGAAAAGCUGUGGAUGUUUGGGCCAUGGGGGUCAUCUCUUAUAUCCUGCUUUGUGGAUACCCACCCUUCUACGACGAAAACGACUCAGAACUGUUCAAUCAGAUCUUAAAGGCGGAGUACGAAUUCGAUUCCCCGUACUGGGAUGACAUUUCCGAAUCAGCCAAAGAUUUCAUCCGACACCUGUUGGAGAGGGAGCCGGAGAAGCGGUUUACCUGUGAACAGGCGCUGCAGCAUCCCUGGAUCUCCGGAGAUACCGCUCUAGAAAGAGACAUUCAUGGGUCAGUAAGUGAGCAGAUCCAGAAAAAUUUUGCCCGAAGUCAAUGGAAGAGGGCCUUUAACGCAACGUCAUUUCUGCGCCACAUCACUAAGAUGGGUCAUAGUGCUGAGACAGAAACAGAAGAAACACAAGGAGAAGCUGUCCCGGAUGAGAAGGAUAAAUGGUGAUUGAAGCUGGAAAGUAAAGACUUGACGUCUGGAGUACCCUCGUACCAGGGAUCUCCAUGUCAGGCACUACACCCUUGCAUGAGCUUGUGGUGACACCUGUCUGCAUGAUGCCUUCAGCGGCCAAUGGCUGUUCUUCCCUUAGCCCACCACGGCCCCCUUUAACUUCCUGCCCUACCAGCCGGCCCCAGGUUAUUGAGAGGUUAUUCAGAUGGAGCACGAACACCACUUCAGUAUUAUUGAUCCCAUUGUCGCCUCAUUUAGAAGGCCAGAAAGAGACAAAGAGGACUCACUUGCUGGUUAUCCAGUACUCCAUCGCAGUGAGCAAUGCUGAAGAUGACCAUGAAACCAAGAACAUUGCCCUGUGAUAUUUUUUAUAUAUCCACAUCUGAAGCCACUUUCUUAUGUUACCAAUAUCAGGACCCUGGGCCUUCCAUAAUGAUGACUUUAUGGUCCUCAUUGAAGGUUUCGGAAAUCAUAUGCAGCAUAAUGUUAAAAGUAGCUAAAGCCAUAUGUACUACCCAAUGACCUGACUUAUCUAAGGUCACCACUUAGCCAUUACAUUACUCUUCAUAUGCUGUAGUCUACGCCAAGGUUUUACAUCAUUAAAAAAUUUCUCCACAAUAGUCUUUCAACAUAUUCUUCUAAUAAUUUAGAUUCCCACAUGACAAUACUGAGGUACAAGAAUAUACGUCAAAUCACAGGUGUGUCGAUGUAAAGGGCAGUCCAUAGUUGAGACAUGAAAGAAGACUAAGGCUGAAAAUUAAAACAAAAGAUACCUUUAAGAUGAAAGGAUUGGGACCUGGGUGGCUGGGAAGAUCAUGAGCUGAAUUUUCUUUGGGUUUGGAUGUCUUGGCUGCUUAAAUUCUAGUGGAAAAGUGUUGCCGUCAUUGUAAAACCCUGUGGUCUUUGUGCCAAACCACAGACCCAGAGCUCCUCCAUGCUUCCUUGUCAAGAUGUGACAUCUACGUUGAGGAGACCUUUCAUGAAACACUUUGUGGACUCACCAACACUCAUCCAAAACCCCUAUCCCUCAGUGAAGAUGUGCCAAAAAUGUUGAAAGUGUGCUUAGGCUUCUGGUGUCAUUAUGAAACACAUAGUUAUCGGUGUAUUAGGACUGUGGUUUAGUAUCUGGAAGAGUGUACUCUUGUGAUUUUACUGUAAUAUAUUAAAUACAAGUGCUGACCUGAAAAUCC